UGUUGAGAGUAUUGUAAUCAAAUGCUAAAAGAGAUCCUGCAUCUAUUUCAACUUCUAUAUCUUUAUUCACUUCGAUGGAUUUGCGUAAAUCCUUCUCCUGUGUUUCAUUCUCCAAAAUUGAUUGUACAAUAUCCAUGCUGUCAAGCAGCAGUGUUAUCUUAAUGCACGUGCAUUUAUGGUUAUGUUGACACAAAUGCAGUCUUACUUAAUUCCCGCGACAUGGAGAUUCGCGUGGUUUAAGAAAAAUAAACCCAUUGAAGAAAAGUGUAGUUCUAUAUACUUACCGAAGAAAAAAGGAUGAAUGUUAUUGCAAUAAAUUUAAAUGACGGCAAUUAUUUAUUAUCUAAACAUUAAGACAUUUUAUGAGGUUAUACCGUGAAAAUGUUUGUUCUUGCUGAAUUGAAAGACACAGUUAGGAUUCCACCGUGGGAGUUUAAACGGAAAUUAAACGAUGCGAUUACUGAUGAACUUAAUAGAAAACUUGCCAAUAAGGUUUAUCUCAAUGUGGGUCUUUGUAUUGCUCUUCAUGAUAUCACAAAAAUUGAGGAAUCAUAUAUCUUUCCUGGGGAUGGAGCAUCUCAUACUAAAGUAAUAUUUCGUUUUAUUGUGUUCCGCCCAUUUAUGGAAGAAAUUUUAAUAGGGAAGAUACGUAGCUGUAGUGUUGAUGGUGUCCAUGUAACGUUAGGAUUUUUUGAAGAUAUUGUAAUUCCACCUCACAAACUACAACAUCCAUCGAGGUUUGAUCAAAUGGAACAAGCAUGGGUAUGGGAAUAUGAUACAGGGGAUGGUGAAAAACAUGAUCUUUUUAUGGAUGCAGGAGAAAUUAUACGAUUUAGGGUAGUAAGUGAAACUUUCACAGAAGCUUUACCUACUGGACCAAAUGUAUCCGGAGAAUCAGCAGAAAAAUCAGAAGCUAAAAAUAUAUCUCCAUAUAUUUUGGGGGGAGCCAUUGACGAGCCAGGACUUGGGUUACUUACAUGGUGGGAGAAUACCUAAUAGUGCAAAAAUAAAUUUGGAUCAAUAAAUUUUUAUUUCACAGCACAUUCCAUCAUGUUAUCACGUUUUAAAGUUAUAUUCGUGACUGGCGCCACGCGCGACCCGAUUUCAGAUAGAAUUUUGACUGUGCGGAUAUAUUUAUAUUUAGUUUUCAUUGGUAACAGAAUUAUUAAUUAUUAUUUGUACAAUAUAUACAAAGACGUUGUGUGCUAAAUAUGUGGUAACACGCAAAAAUAAUUUCAGUUCGGUCAAAUUUGAGGUCAUGCUAAACAUCACACAGAAGGUAUUCGGUAGUAUAAGUCUCAACAUAAAGAACAUUGCAUAGUUUGUAGUCGUUCGACUGCAACAGUGGCAUAAAAUCUUUCACAUCAUUACGUAUUGAUGGAGCAUAGUAUGACACAUUCGUAUAUUUUUUGUUUUGUCUUUAAGUAACCGUCAAAAUUGUUUAACAGUAUUAAACACAUAAAAUAUGUUUUCUAUAUUGCGAUAUAUCGUUACAUUGAAUGAAAAACAUUCGAGAACUUAGCUAGGUGUAAGCCUUAAAUUUAGGAGACAUUAAUUACAUGACAGUGGAAUAUACAUAGAUAAAAUACAACUUAAAACAUUUCUAGAUGAUAGAUACAUGUGCAAUGAUCAUUCGGUUGUUUUAUACUGCAGCAACACGUGUCGUCGAAUAUCACGCGAAUAGUAUCUCGUAAAUAAAUAAAAAUCUCCGUUAUAAGACUCAUCGGAAUGUUUUUUGCGCUUUUUAUUCUUUUCGCUGGUGAAACUCUCAUUUUCUAGGUAGCUCGAUUAAUCUUUCUUUUUUAUAUCGUCUUCAUGCACCGCGACUAAUGCUUUAGAAUUGCUGUCUUUGAAUGGCCUUACAAGCAGGAUGAACAACAGUCUAAACACAUUCGGAGUAAAAUAGUACACGUACAAUAAAAAUUUCAAGUUCUAACUGUUUGAGUCUGACGUGUCGUCUCAUCGGACUUUUUUUCUAUGUUCUUUAACAAGAACCUACUGAGGUUAACUGUCUCUUUUUUGUUUUCUCUAUCAUCAAGCGACGCGUGAAACUCUGAACGAUUUUAUCGAUUGUACACGUUCUCUUCUAUCCCAUUUUCUUUGUAUUCUUUCGAUCCUUCGAAAAAAUAUAAACGUGACGACAUAGCGGGUCAAAACACGAAAAAGUACGACAAAUUUUUUAAAGGGUUCAUCGCGUAAUUUCUGAUUGAAAAUUCGUUAUUGUAGUUAGGUGCAAGAUUGUUUUCAGAAGAGACUAACGACAUGUCUUCAAGUUCUUACGUAGUUUCGAGCGGUGAAAAAUAAAAAAAUCAUCUAAGAACAACAACGUUAUCGGUUUCUUUUGAGGGUUUUAACGUAUCACAACAAAGGACCAGAAAACGGUUUUGCAACGCUAUCGCGUUUCUUCAUGUUUCAGUCCACCGUGUACCGGCCACAAUCGAAGAGUCUAGCGUGAACAAAAGGGGGUGCGAUUCAUACAGGAGCUUCGGUGUAUUAAAAAUGCCUAUAUGCGCUAUUUAGUAUCGCCAUCGUUACUUUACACGUUUAAGGGCUAGUGUGUUUCUCAAUUUUUUUUUGUCUUUCUCGUUUUCUUCUCUUUUUUCUCGUUUAUAGAUCGUUAUACAAGAGAAACAAAACACGGUAUUUAGUUUGCGUUUGGACGUCAAUUGCUUUUCUCUAUUUUUUUUAUGGAUGCAGCUCCUUUCAGUCAUCGUUAACCAUUGUCUUUCUAAGUAUUGCUUUACGUGAAACAUUCUCUUCUCCCUCUUAUCUCUCUCACCUGUUCAUUCUCGUUCAUUUUAAGGAACACAAACACCGCCGUUCUGUGUUCUCGAUCGCGGCGUCGCGUGUUGUCGACACGCGAAAGAAAUUUCUGUUCGGAGGCAUUUCCUGCACUCAUCGAUCAUGAACGGUUUAUUCGAUGAUUAAGCAGCGCGGCAGAUGUUCACGUAAAUAGUUGAAUAAUUCCUGAGACGUUCCUGGACAGUUGGUUAGUUCGAGCUCGUGCAAAUGUCGGAGUUGUAUCAACCUAGACAGUUCGCCGCUCGUGAGCAAUGGGCAACCUGAAAAGAUAAAUUUAUUCGAAAUUCAAUUUCCACUAAAAUUUUAUUCGAAGUUUCACCCUGAAAAGAUAAACGCUAAAACAAAAGAUAAAUUAACCAAAUGCAUAAAAUAGAAAUUGAAUUACAUAACAAAAUGUGAAACACUAUUUAUGUUAAAUAUG